AAAAUUACCCAGCCCUAAAAUCAACGCGGCGGGACCCGAAAAAGCAGACUUGCGAGCAUCACCGUCGAGGAAUUCGAGGCUUCAUCGACACUAACCAACAGCCACCAUGCCUACCAGGUUCUCUAAGACAAGGAAGCACCGCGGCCAUGUGUCCGCCGGUAAGGGUCGUGUCGGAAAGCACAGGAAGCAUCCCGGUGGUCGCGGUAUGGCCGGUGGUCAGCACCACCACCGCACCAACCUCGAUAAGUACCACCCCGGUUACUUCGGCAAGGUUGGCAUGAGGCACUUCCACCUCCUCCGUAACCACUACUGGGCCCCCACCAUCAACAUCGACAAGCUGUGGUCGCUCGUCCCUGCCGAGACUCGGGAACAGUACCUCAGCGGUGCCAAGACCGACACCGCCCCCGUUAUCGACCUCCUGUCCCACGGCUAUGCCAAGCUCCUCGGCAAGGGCCGUCUCCCCCAGAUUCCCUUCGUUGUCCGGGCGCGGUACGUCAGCGCGGAGGCGGAGCGCAAGGUGACUGAGGCUGGUGGCGUUGUCGAGCUCGUUGCUUAAGUCGGACGCGGUUUCGGUUAAAUCAAAGGCUAGCGAUUGACAUUUUUCGGUUACGAGGGAAAACCGAAUAGAGAACCCAAUGACAACGGAUCCGACGGUCAGAACGACGUCAGCUAUGGAUGCUAGGUCCCGGAGUCUGGAUUGGUUCCUUGGGGCGGCGGAAAGCACGCCUCGCAUUGCAGCAUUAGGGAAUGGGAUGUUUAUCCGCAUCAUCCGGGGGGUUCUGGCCGUCUUGUGUUCCAUAUCCAUCUUGAGGUUCGAGCAACUGAGUUCAUUGUUCGAAACAAGGAACGGUGAAAGAGGAAUCGUCUGCUUCAUGGAUCCACGAAAAUCAGACCGUGACGACUCUUGUUCGUUGAUGAGGUGCCCUUUGCAACCGGCACUCGUUCAUACCUCAGAUAAAGGGGAUAAAGGGGCUGUGUCGACCCUGACAUAAAAUCACUCUAGAUGGACAAAGUUACUGUCCUCAAGUCUUCGAAAAGAUUUCUCCCUGCCCAGAUUGCGCGCCGUUUUGAGUUCUAGAGACGCCGUGGGUAGCUAUGUAUUUGCGCGGCGGAGGUAACAGCCUACGCAGCAGGCAGACUCGAGUUGCGAGAAACUGCAUAUGAUCAGACGAGUAGGAUAAUCAGGGAGUCCAGCGCAGUUCUCGUCAGUCAAGUGUAUCGUCAUACCGCGUUGCUAUAGUCCUCGUCACAGCAAACCAUCUUAGGAUGUCCAUACCACCGACGUGAUAGUUAACGCUCAUGUAAUAUUCUCCCUCCACGAAAAAAAAAGGAAAGAAAAUAAAGAGGGAAAGU